UGCAGGAGCCUCAACGCCCGAAUCCCAGGUCAGGUCUUUUUUAGCGAUGAAGCUACAUACAGCGAGCUAAAUAACCAGCGUUGGUCGAACACGAGCAUUCUAGCACCAAGCUGCAUCUUUAGGCCCCAGAACGUGUUAGACGUAUCUAAAGGUGUCAAGCUACUCUCUGCACACUCAUGCCCCUUUUCGAUCAAGUCUGGUGGUCAUAAUCCCAUACCAGGUGCAAAUAACAUUGAUGGUGGUGUGUCAAUAGUGAUGGAUGCGCUCAGUCAGGCUGAGCUCGCUUCAAAUGGAACGACUGUACGUCUGGGGGCUGGUGUCAGGUGGGGUCAAGUGUACAAAGAGUUUGCUGACAAAGGCCUUCUUAUUCCGGGCGGCCUAUGUGGAGGCACAGGGGUCGGGGGUGUAUCCAUAGGCGGCGGAAUUUCAUUCCUGCUUGCGAGCCAUGGAUGGGUUGUGGAUAACGUGGUCAACUACCAGGUGGUACUGGCUUCAGGUGAUAUCGUCGACGCAAACCAAAAGAGCAACCGUGCACUUUACAAAGCUCUCAAGGGUGGUGGCAAUAAUUUUGGUGUUGUGACGCGAGUCGAUGUCGCCGCAAUUAAGCAGCCGAAGAUUUGGGGCGGCUCGAUUCUGCUCCCGUACUUUCCAGACUCGGCCCUUGCUACGCUCAAUGCAAUUGCCGCCUUCACGCCUCUCAGCAACACGCUGCCCAACAACGGCGCACAGAUUGUCUUUACAUACACUGCGACAGGUCGGGCUCUGAUUGCACUGUCUCUAGCAAGCACAGACGGUGCUGUCAACUCAACCGGCUUAGCUCCCUUUACAUCGCUUCAGCCCCAGAUUACCAACACGAUAGGCCUGCGUUCUAUCAGUGAUAUAGUUACUGAGCUCGAUACCUACCAAGCCGACGGAUUCCGUGACACGUCCGCAACAGUCACCUUCAAAAAUGAUCCAGCUACCCUAUCCGCCGUACACAAUGCCUCGGAUCAGGUUUACUUAAAGUACAACAAGACGGUCGGAUACCUAGAUUGGGUCAACUUCUAUGUGCCAACCGCCAAGAUAGCCUCGACACAUUCUGCAGUCCGAGGAGGAAACGUGCUCGGGCUAGAAGAAAACGCAGAAGAUCUGAUUGUGGCGUUCAUAACACCGCGAUGGAUUGAUGUGACUCAGGACGCAGCUAUGUAUGAGAUGGCAAGAGAGUGGGUCGACGCGGUGACAAAAGCUGCGGGCGCAAACCGCCAUCGCUUCUUGUAUCAGAAUUUCGCGGCUCCAUCGCAAAAGCCGCUUUGUGGCUAUGGAAAGCAAAGUGUCGAGUUCAUGAAAUCUGUGUCGAGGAGGUACGACCCUGGUCAAACAUUUCAGAGGCUGGUUCCCGGAGGGUUUAAGAUU